AACGCACCAUUACCGUUACUGACCCGAGUGUGUUGUUGUGUGUGAGCUGAGUGUGUGAGCUGUGGCAGUAACAAUGCCUUCAGUUCAGUCUCUGAGAGAGUUUAUCAACGAGCGACUAACUGCUGCUGCUGAACAAAUAUUCUUGGAGUUUGAAAAAACGAUCGUCCAGUACGAGGAAGAGAUCGACCGUCAGCGCAGACUGCUGGAUAUCACCUGGAAACCCCAAAUCAAGCUGCACAGGACAGACGUCCCACAGCAGCCUGUCUGUGAGGAGGAGAAUGAGGUUCUCCCUGAGCAGCAGCUCUGGAACCAGGAGAGGAGCUCCAGUGUGGACCACGAGGAACCAGAACUUCCACAAAUUAAAGAGGAACAGGAGGAACUGUGCAGCAGUCAGGAGGGAGAGCAGCUGGUACUGAAGGAGGAGACUGAUACCUUUAUGGUGACUGCUGCUGAGGAAACAGACCACAGUGAACCAGAAGCAGACAGGGAGCAGCUCCUUGCUCACAGCUCUGCUGUAGCUGACAGUCAAGAUCCGGGAGGAAACAAGAACGCAGAUUCAAGGUCAAGUAGAGAAAGACACAAAAGUCACAAGAAUGCAGAAAAUCCCACUAUGUCAGAGAGUCAGUGUAACUUUGAUAAAAGUAGUAAGUCUUUAAAAUGUGAUGUUUGUGGAAAAGCCUUUAAGUUUAAUUAUCUAAUGAAGAGACAUUAUACAAUCCACACAGGUGAGAGACCGUUCGCUUGUACAGUGUGUGGAAAAAUGUUCAGAUGCAGUAGUUUUUUGGGGAAGCACCUAAGAACGCACUCCGAUGUGAAGCCAUAUACUUGUAAAACAUGUGGGAAAAGGUUUGGAUACAAUAGUGAUUUAGUGAAGCACACAAGAAUUCACACAGGUGUGAAACCAUAUCAAUGCAAAACGUGUGGGAAAUGGUUCAGAUGUAACUCUCAUUUAAGAGAGCACAUAAGAAUUCACACAGGUGAGAAACCAUAUCAUUGUGAAACGUGUGGGAAAGCUUUCAGACAUCGUAAUGUUUUAUCGGAACAUGUAAAAAAGUCACACAAGGGAGAAGCCAUAUUGUUGUAAAAGUCAGAAGUUUGCAUCACAUAUGUUCUUUUUUUACCUGGCUAAAUCACCAUGGUAACUUGUGCUGAUCACGUAACCUGGUCAAGAGCAGGAAUGUGUUAAUUUAGUCAUGCAAAAAAUGUAAAAAUGUUGUUGUUCUUGAUUCUAAUCUGCAGCCAAGUGUCUUUUACACUGAUUGAAUUCUAGCCCCAAAUGGAUGAGUUUAAGCAUCUUGGAGUCUUGUUCACGAGUGACGGGAUAAGAGAGCGGAGCGGGAUAUCAACAGAUGGAUUCACUUAUGAUCACGUGCUGUGAGUAGUGACCGAAAGAAUGAGAUCGCAGAUACAAGCGGCAGAAAUGGGUUUGCUCCGAAGGGUGGCUAGCCUCUACUUUAGAGACAAGGACAAGGAUGCCUCCUGGGUACCUCCUGGGUGAGGUGUUCCAGGGCAGACCCAGGACACACUGGAGAGAUUAUAUCUCUCGGCUGGCCUGGGAACGCCUUGGUGUUUCCCCGGACAAGCUGGAGGAGGUGGCUGGGGAGAGGGAGGACUGGGCUUCUCUGCUUAGGUUGCUGCCCCCAUGACUCUGCCCCGGGUUGUGGGGGCAGCAACCUAAGCAGAGAUUGAUUUACUGGUUAUUUAGUGCAUUGAGUAGUAAAAUGUUUAUUUUACUGCUCAAUGCACUAAAUCACCAGAUUAACAGCUUUCUUCAGCAUUAAUCUUUUGUGAUACUUUCAGCUGUGAUGCUUUGUAUCAGUAUUUUUGAAGGUUUUUUUAUGGAUUAUGUGUUAUUACGAUAUCAUCAUCUGUUUAUGUGGCUGAUGGAGUAGGUUACACUCACACUUUGGAAGAAGUGAGCCCGCUCAGUGCCUGAAGCAGAAGGCCCGGCUUAAAUGAAAAGUUCACAUGCACUGUAAUGAUACCGUUUUCUCUGACUGGGAUUUUAGGUUUUGUUGAGUCAGUUAACACAAAGAAAGCCUGGCCAUGCUGAUUCAUUCAUAGUCUACCCCUCAGGUCUGAAAUGUUCUUCCUAAGUCUGAUGAACUAAGCCACAGGAAGCCCGACUGCUGUACAGCAUUGUGCUCACAGAUCCAAGCAUCAUUCAUCCAUGUAAAAUCUGACAUGCAUCACUAUAAAUCACAUAAAAAUGUUCACUCUGCUUAUUAUCCAGAUGUGUUUGAGGAGGGAGCAACAAAAAUAAAUACAGGAAGAAGGUUCUGUGUUCUGCACUUUUGGAGAACAGGGAGAAUUUAUGUUCUUUUCAUGCCUAGUUGCUAAAAUAUACAGACCUUUCCACACCACAUCCCUUAAUAUAAAGCACAUGUGGCUAAAGGAAGUUAUUUAGCCACUGUGUUUUUAGAGCAGAGAGAGCUGUGGUCAGUUUAGUAUUUGAUGUCUGCGAUUCAUAUUAUUAUCAGGAAUAUACCGAGCUGUGAUCUGAUCCUGCUGCUUUUCAAAGUAUAAACUGAGGCUGAAGGUCAGAAUGAUGUCUGUACCAGUGAAGAGGUUGUCUGUUAGUUACAUGUGAGUGUGAUUUUAUUUGAUCUGUUAACAGUGAAGUCAAACAAAGAAGGAGACUGAAAGAGAAGUUCCCUGGCUUACCUCUCAUCACAUCUGAGAGAGGGCGAAAGGUUAAGAUCCAGACUUAUGUUUACAGUGUGAUGCAGAGUAAUAUGACAGAGUUUAUCUGUACAUGCUUUUGCUCAUAGUAAAAUAUCUUUUCUUCUUAAUCAAAGAUAUAAAGUACAUCAAUCAAAGUCUAAUUAAAAUGAUGAAUAAAAUACGCAGUAUGAGUAAUAACAUGGUUCUAAUAGCUGACCUCCUGACCUUUUACUCUGAUCUGGUUUCUGUGUGUGUGCUUCUGUGCUGGGAUUGUUUUAGGAAUGGGACCGAUGGGAAUGUAAACAGCACAGAGCAUUAAAAUGUUUAUUUUACUGCUCAAUGCACUAAAUCAUCAGAUUAACAGCUUUCUUCAGCAUUAAUCUUUUGUGAUACUUUCAGCUGUGAUGCUUUUUAUUAGUAUUUUUGAUGUUUUUUUAUAGAUGUUUUUAUCAUUAUAUCGUCAUCAAAGCUUAACUCAAAAGGUCACAUCCACCGUAAUGACACCGUUUUCUCUGACUGGGAUUUUAGCGUUUCUUGAGUCAGUUAACAUAAAGAAAGUCUGGCUAUGUUGAAGUUCAUUCGUACCCUUAAGAUCUGAAAUCUUCUUCCAAAGUCUGAUGAACUAAGCCACAGGAAGCUGGACUGCUGUACAACAUUGUGCUCACAGAUCCAAGCAUCAUUCAUCCAUGUAAACUCUGACAUGCAUCACUAUAAAUCACAUAAAAAUGUUCACUCUGCUCAUUAUCCAGAUGUGUUUGAGGAGGGAGCAACAAAAAUAAAUGUAAACAGCACAGAGCGUUCUGAGGUCUGUAGUGUUUGUUCAGAGAAAGUUUGAUUUAUUGUUUUGAAGUGAAAAAGUGAGAGAGUAUUCCUACAUAACUGAAUUAAAGAGAGAUGUGUUCAUGUGAGACGGAGUUCAUGAUAAAUUAAUUUGAAGUAAUUAAAUCAUAUUUAUGUCCAUAAAAUAUUCAUAUCUGACUGAA